AUGCCCAGCCUAACAUUGCCCGAGUGUGGACGCUAUAUCCCGCCUCUGGCCACAGAUGAGGACUUAGAGUUUGCGGACCUGGCUAUCGUUGAUCUUUCCAAGGCCCAUACACCGGAAGGACGGGCAGAGCUCUAUCCACAACUUCGAGAUGCACUGCGCAGCUACGGCUUUGUUUAUGCUAUAAAUCAUGGUUAUAACCAGGCUCAGCGCGAUAGGAUUUUUGACAUAGCUAACGUCCCUUUCACUGUGGUCCCUCCGGAUGAAAUGAAGACAUAUGCUGCAAACAUCGAGAAAGUCGGAUACUACGCGGUUAACAAGGACGUCACAAGGCGUCCGCACCCUCAGGCCUUGCGCCCGUUCCUACCAGAAAUCGAUGCCUUCGUCCGACAUAAUCACUUCAACGUUGUCCAUCCAAUCCUUCGCUUGGUCGCUUUGAGCCUCGAUUUGCCCGAAGAGACUCUGGUGGAAAAACACAACUUUGACGGCACAGGAGAGACAUGUGGUUGUUAUAGGCGCACCAAAGAGGAAGAGGAAAAAUCCAAAAAUGUCUGGUUGAAAGGACAUACAGACGUUGGCAGUGUCACCGUUCUGUGGAGCCAACCUGUCGGAGGCCUGCAAAUUCAGGCUCCCGACGGCAGAUGGAAGUGGGUCCGCCACAUCGACAACGCUUUGGUCAUCAAUACAGGCGACAUGAUGGAUUUCUUCAGUGGCGGUUACUAUAAGCCCACGAUUCAUCGCGUCGUCCAACCUCCUGAGGAUCAGCGCAACUAUGACCGUCUGAGCGUAUUCUUCGUGUCGAUGCCCGAUGACGAUGUUCGCUUAUUGCCCUGUGUUGAGAGCCCCGUGCUCCACCACUUCGGCAUCCAGCGCCGGUGCCCUGACGAGGAUGCCCCACUGUGCGAGGCGUGGAGGAAGGGGAGGACAACGAUGUAUGGUAGGUCUGAUCUCAAGAAGGGGAUGGAGCACAAUGUCGAAGAAGAGGUCAUUGAGGGCAUAGUGGUGAAACAUUACAACUAA